GUAAACACACGCCUCUCUGCGUUGCUCACUCGGCAUCUCGAGAUGCUCCGCGCUGAAUCUGUCAACUGCUGGCGCGGUAUGGCGUGAGCGUGUACACGCUCAAACAGAACUCGUGCUCCUGCAAGCCAAGAGGAAGGACCGUGCCAGUGGCGGUGGCAGUUUAAAACCAGCGGAGCUGAGAGGAUUUGCCCAUUUCCCAGACAGACCUCAGCGUGGUCAGUUAUGUCCCAGGGAGUCUACAUCUCUAAGCGCGUGGCUGUGGCCACAGUGACGGUCACAGUUAUUGCUCUUGUCUCUGUGAUCGCCAUGGUCAUAUACCACCGUGUAAGAACUGAAGAAUGCCCGCCUUCACCGCUGCCGACGGUUGUGACCCCCACCUCAGUCCCAACCAAGCCACCAACUAAUAUUUGGCUGCCCGGCAACCUGGUUCCGGAAAGCUACAGGAUUUACCUGCAGACUCACCUGCAAACAAGGGACAUCGGCAUCCAUAACCAAAACCUCAACUUCUCAGGAAACUCCACAGUGAAAUUCCUGUGUGUGGAAGCAACUGACUGGAUCGUCAUUCACAGCAAAGAUCUUUCUGUAACUGUGAAAGGAGUACGAGAUGGACGCGGGAGAGCUGUGCCUGUUAAAGGCUUCCAGGAGCAGAAUGACACUGAUACCAUACAAAUAGAGCUUUCUGACACCUUGAGAGUUGGCAGGAUGUAUUACCUUACCACUGAGUUUGAGGGAGUAUAUCACAACUCGAGUGGCAUGUUCAUGAGGGGUUACAAAGAAAAUGGCACUGAAGAAAGAUAUGUUGUAGCUAGCCACAUGGAGCCCACAGAUGCAAGAAGAGUCUUUCCCUGUUUUGAUGAACCAGCCAUGAAAGCUGUGUUUACUGUCAGUAUAAUUCACAGGAAAGGCACAAUAGCUUUAAGCAACAUGGCUCAAAAAGACCAAGUGGAAAAGGAAAUUGAUGGAGAGGCAUGGUUAAUCACUGAGUUUUAUCCCACCGUAAAAAUGUCAACUUACCUCAUUGCUUUCGUAGUGUCAAACUUUGAGUAUAAAGAGACCAACUAUGGGAGGUAUACAUUAAAGACAUGGGCCCGGCCUGAGGCUAUAGCUGGUGGAUUUGUGAACUAUGCACACAGUAUUGCGGGGGAUAUCAUUGACUUUUUUGAAGAGUUUUGUGGCAUAGAGUAUCCCUUGAAUAAAAUUGAUCAGAUUGCUGUGCCAAAACUUAAAGUGGGCGGCAUGGAAAACUGGGGUUUGAUAGUCUAUGAAGAGGAAACGUUUCUGUAUGAUGCACGGCUCUCCACCACAUUACAUAAAGAGCUGCUUGCUUCAGUGGUUGCUCAUGAACUCGCCCAUCAGUGGUUUGGAAACCUGGUCACUAUGUCAUGGUGGAAUGAAGUCUGGCUGAAGGAAGGGUUUUCUACAUUCCUGUCAUACCUUGCCUUGGACAAAGUUGAGCCCACCUGGAAUACUAAAGACCUGAUCGUUGUCCAUGAAAUCCAGGGUAUGCUUCAUUUGGAUUCUGAAGAUAUUUUCCACCCCCUCUCCCUCGGCGAAGAGGACAUACAGUCUGUCUCUGACAUCACCGAUCUUUAUGGCUCCAUUGUCUACAACAAGGGAGCUGCUGUGCUCAGAAUGCUGGCUGACUUGUUGUCGAUGAGCGUCUUUGAAAAGGGUGUUCAGUCAUACCUGAAGGCUUUCCAAUAUAAGAGUGCUUAUUCUGAAGACCUCUGGAUUCACUUUCAGAAGGCAGUAAAUGACAGUGGCGGGAACAUUGCCGUGGCGGAAGUCAUGACGACAUGGACAGACCAGUCGGGGUACCCUGUGGUAACCAUCGACACCAAGUCUGGAGAGGUCUCCCAGAAGCACUUCCUUCUGCACCAAGAGUCAGAAUACAACCUUACCUGGCAAGUUCCAAUAAAGCUGAUGAAGUCUGGUUCAGGAGACAUUACAUUUGACUUAUUGACUGUUCUUGGACCAGUGUCAAAGCCAUUGUACCAGGCAGAUGCAAAUGAGUGGAUUCUCGCCAAUAUCAAUCAAACUGGAUAUUACAGAGUUAACUACGAUCCAGAGAACUGGGAGAAACUCCUUCAACAGUUGGAAACAGAUCACCGGAAAAUACCAGUCAUCACCAGAGGCCAGUUAAUUGAUGAUGCAUUUUCUCUGGCCAGAGCCAAACAUGUCAACAUCACACUGGCCUUGAGGACCACCAAGUACCUGCUGAAUGAUACAGAGUACAUCCCAUGGUCGUCUGCCCUGACAAACCUGCAGUAUGUAGUCUCCAUGUUUGAUCGCUCUGAAGUCUAUGGCCCAGUUAAGGCAUACUUAAGGAAGCUGGUUGGUCCUCUUUAUGACCACUUUGAAAGCUUCACAAUGAACUCGACCAUCCCGGACAGCCACAGCGCCCAGUAUACCCACAAUUAUGCCGCUAAAUUUGCUUGUGCCAGUGACCUUCAGAAGUGCCGAAAUAUGGCAAUCGGUCUCUUUGACCGGUGGAGAAGAGACCCGGCCACAAAUCCCAUACACUCAAACCUGAAGCUCACUGUCUACUGCAGUGCCGUAGCUGCAGGAGGGGAGGAGGAGUGGGACUUUGUCUGGAAAAUGUUUCAAAAGGCCCCCAUAAUGCUUGAGAAACACUGGCUGAGACUCGCCCUCGCCUGCACCAAGGAUGUCUGGAUCCUCAACAGAUACCUCGAAUACAGCCUGGACGCGGACAAAAUCAGCCCGGAGGACUGCGUUUCCACCAUCAACGCCGUCGCCAAAAACGUGGUAGGGCAGCCCCUGGCCUGGAACUUUGUCCGAUCCCGGUGGUCUGACAUAAGCCAAAAGUCCCAGGAAAUGAUUUCACAAGACGAACUAAUUGAAGGGGUGACUGAGAGAUUCUCCACCGCAUUUGAGCUAGAGCAGCUGUGGAUGUUUCACGAGGAGCACCUCAACGACCUCUCCAUUUCCGGGAAGCGGGCUUUGACUGAUGCCUUAGAGAGGACACAGAAGAACAUGGAGUGGGUGACAGAAAAUAAGCGAACUUUGCUUGAGUGGUUCCGAAGAGAGGUUUCACAGGAAAGCAAUAGCUAACACCAUCCCAGUCUCGAUGAGAAACAGAUGCUGUGAGUGAGGUGCUGGAACACUCAGAACAACAAACAGUGUUGUACAUUCUCACACUUGAUUCUACAUAUCAUUCUGUACAGCGCAAUCUGUCUUGUGAAAAAGAAAAUGUCAGCAAGUCUAAAAUUAAAAAGCGCUGAACCCAAAUUUUCACACUUUCUCAGACUUUGCAAUUAAUGGUCAGUGGAUAUACAUGCACUAAGGAAAUUUAAUACAUUUGAAGGGCAACU